AAAUUAUGUUUCAAUUUUACCAAUCGAAUUUUAUUUUAAAUUAAACUGAACAUUUGCUCACCCUUAAUCCCUCUGAUUUAGAGAAAGAAUUUUUUUUUUUUCGGUUUUUAGUUUAGCAAAGGCUGUUUUUCGAUUUCUUGUGCUAUCUCCUGCCCUUUCAAGCAGGGGAUGGCCUUUUACUCCUCUCCCAAUAUGAGUUUUCCUCUCUUUGCACUUGAAUUCUUAAUGAAGGCAGAGUAGAAUGAAAGAUUGCGAAAUUCAAAUAAGAGUAAAACCUGCACAAGUCAUCAAUUUAGUCUACUGAUUCUCAUUUAAUUAGAAUAAACUCUUAACUUAUUCUGCUUAUAACUUGUAUUAAUUGUCCUAAUUAUUAUUAUUAUUACACAACUUAUUGUAUAAUUAAUUGUAGUAAUGUAAUGUUGGUUGGUAAGCCGUAAUUUAGUUUUUAGUAAGAAGUUUCUUUGUUUAUAAUACUUAGUGGACAAUUUUGCCGAUAUAGCCAGUCACUUCUCCUACUAGCUGAGCAUGUACCACUUGAUCAGGAUUGAAGUGGGCCUUUACUUUUUAAAAAUUGCUCUUAUUUUACUGCACAAACUCUUGGUCAUUUUUUAUAUUUAUCGUCAAAAUCAGAAGCCAACCCUUGUAUAAUUAAUUGAUUCGGUUUCCCUGGAUAUGAACUAUCAAAUAUAAUACAAAACAAAAACCAAAAAAGAAAAGAAAGUGAAAGGUAAGAAAAACCAAGAUGAAGUCGUGCAAUGAAGGGGAGACAGGAUAGGAGAGACAUCAUAUAUAGAAGAAGUUCUUAGCAAAAUCUUAGCAAACCACCAAGAGCUUGAAAAUUCUCUUCUGCAAAAAUGAGAGUUGUUUGGAUCUUCUUGCUUCAUAUCAUUCUUCUGGGAUAUAUUCAUGCAAAUUCUUUACUGGGAUAUGCCUUACAAUUUCAGAACGAGACUGAUAAAUUGUCUUUGUUGGCUAUCAAGGAUGCAAUAACUGUAGAUCCUCAUGGAAUCUUCAGCUCAUGGAACAAUUCUCUUCAUCAUUGCCAGUGGAAAGGAAUUUCUUGCAGCACAAGGCACCCUGGGAGAGUCACCAUCCUAAACCUGAGCUCACAGGAUUUGGCAGGUUUCCUGUCACCCCAUAUAGGGAAUCUCAGCUUUCUCAGAAGUGUCUUCAUCCAGAACAAUAGCUUCCAUGGAGAAAUCCCACAACAGAUUGGAAACUUGUUUCGAUUACACAUCCUGUACCUGAACAACAAUUCCUUCCAAGGGGAGAUUCCGAAAAAUUUAACCAACUGUAAAGAUCUCAGGGAAAUCAAACUUAUUGCUAACAAUCUCACUGGGAAACUUCCAGUUGAGCUUAGAUCUUUACAAAAUCUAGCAGUUCUAGACCUCAGCCUUAACAAUUUUCCAGGAAAAAUCUCACCUGCCAUAGGGAAUUUCUCCUCUCUUACCUUUCUUGGUUUGCUAGAGGCUAGACUGGAAGGAAUCAUUCCUGAGGAGAUCGGUAAAUUGACAAGAUUGCAGACUCUUCUAAUUGGAGGUAACAAUUUGACAGGCACUAUUCCUUCAAGCUUCUUUAAUCUAUCAAGCCUUACCCAUGUAUCGCUGGCAUUCAAUAAUCUAGAGGGAAGUCUUCCAGGAGACAUUGGCGUCAGGUUUCCCAACAUCAAGGGACUUGUGAUCGGAGGAAACAGAUUCACAGGUGCCAUCCCUAUUUCAUUGUCAAAUGCUUCACAGCUUGAAGUAAUCUCUUUUCCUUUGAAUAGAUUUACUGGACCUGUACCUGAAGAACUAGGAAGCUUAGCAAAUCUCUCAUGGAUUGGUUUAAAUGACAACAUGCUAGGAACCAGAACUGGGGAUGAUUUAAGUUUUAUUUCUUAUUUAACAAACUGCAGCAAAUUACAGAAGCUGUUCUUAGGCAGAAAUCUUCUCAAAGGACCAUUGCCUAAUUCAAUUGCCAAUCUUUCCUCACAAAUUAGAUUCUUAUCAAUAGGAAAGAAUCAGAUCUAUGGAAAUCUUCCUUCAGAGAUAGGGAACCUUGUGAACUUGAAUAGCCUGGAUUUGCAGGACAAUAUGCUGCAUGGUAGUAUUCCUCCAACUAUUGGCAAUCUCCAACAUCUGUUUCAACUGUAUUUCCAUGGAAACAAGUUUACAGGACAAAUUCCAUCUACACUUGGUAAUCUUACAUUUCUGUAUGAUCUCACUUUCGGGGAAAAUAAUCUUUUAGGAAACAUACCUCCAAGUCUUGGGAACUGCAGGAAUUUGUUGAACCUGUAUCUUGCUUUGAAUAAACUUGAUGGUCACAUUCCUGUAUCAAUGUUUGGCCUUUCUUCCAUUUUGUUUAUUGAUCUUUCUUUCAAUUCUUUUACUGGUUCCCUACCACCUGAUGUUGGCAACUUGAAACAGCUUGAAAGUUUAGAUGUCUCUCAAAAUAAACUGUCAGGGAGCAUUCCGAGCACGCUCGGCUCUUGUUUGAGCUUGAUGAGUCUCCGAAUGAAUGGUAAUUCUUUUCAAGGCACAAUCCCUCAAACUCUAAGUGCUUUAAGAGGAUUAAAUGAGCUAGACAUCUCAUCUAAUAACCUUUCUGGGAUGCUACCAGAAGAUCUAGGUGGACUUCCAUUUUUGCAGAUUUUGAAUAUUUCUUUCAACGAUCUCGAAGGUGAAGUUCCAGAAACUGGAAUUUUUAAAAACUCUAGUGCAAUUUCUCUGGUUGGAAACAAAAAACUGUGUGGAGGAAUCCCAGAAUUGAAGUUUCCAGCUUGCACUUUCCUGCACCCUAAUCAAAGAAGAAUUUCUCGAGCUCUGAAGGUGAUCGUUCCAUCAAUCGUUGUACCUAUAUGUUCAGCCGUGUUACUAGGUUUACUUAUCCUUCGCUACAGGAAAAAUAACUCGGUGGUAAAUCCUUCUUCAGCAUCAGUUGAAAAUACAUUGAUAAGAAUUUCUUACCAAGAACUUUUCCAAGCAACCGCUGGUUUCUCUGAGGCUAAAUUGAUAGGUUCAGGAAGCCAUGGGACUGUGUACAAAGGAGUGCUUCACAAAACUCGAUCUUUUAUUGCAGUGAAAGUUUUUGAUUUUCACUGCAGAGGAGCUUCAAAGAGCUUCACUUCUGAAUGCAAAGCUCUGAGAAACGUCCGUCACCGUAAUCUGAUAAAAAUACUAAGUGUAUGCUCAACUGUGGAUUAUCAAGGUAAUGACUUCAGAGCUAUAAUCUAUGAGUUCAUGCCUGGAGGAAGUUUAGAAAGCUGGUUACAUCCACAAAAAGAUGUAAAUAAAGAAGAUAUAUGCAGACGUCUUAAUCUUGAGCAAAGAUUAAAUAUCGCCAUUGACAUUGCUUCUGCGCUCGAGUAUCUUCACUGUCAUUGCCAACCAUCAAUAGUUCAUUGUGAUCUUAAACCCAGCAAUGUACUUCUUGACAAUGACAUGGUUGCCCAUGUGGGUGACUUUCUUGCUCAAGUUCUUUCCAGGACUUCUAUUAAUUUAAAUGAUGACAAGUCUAGCUCAGCCAUCAUAAAGGGGUCUAUUGGAUAUGUUGCUCCAGAGUAUGGUAUCGGCAACGGUGCAAACGUUCAAGGAGAUGUUUACAGUUUUGGGAUUCUUCUGCUAGAAAUGUUUACAGCGAAGAGACCAACUGAUAACAAGUUUCAGGCAGGCCUGAACCUUCACAAUUUCACUAGAAAAGCACUUCCCAAUAGAGUAAUGGAUAUUGUGGAUCAAAAAUUGAUAUCUGAUGAAGAAACAACAGGAGGGAAGAUACAGGAGUUUAUGGUAUCUGUACUGAAAAUUGGAAUUUCAUGCUCUGUGGAGACUCCAGGAGAUCGCAUGAAAAUAAGAGAUGCAGUAAGAGAACUGCAAAGGAUAAAGGAAGCUUAUGGGAGCUUAUGGAACAGAACGCUACUUCCAUACAAGUGAGAACUCGGGGAAGAACCAUUUGAAAUCCGAAGCUUUUAGUGUGUGAAUGCUGCUCAUAUGUUUCUUUACUGCUACCUGAAUUGUAACACGAAUGCUGUUCUUAUUCUAGCUGGAGAACUUUAACGCAUUAAAUAAAUAGUUUUUUGUUGGUUUCGACAAAAAUGCCCCCUAGUAAAAAAGCUAUCUUUGCAAGGAAUUGAAUUUGCUUAUUCAAUUCCUUACAAACAUCUAAAAACGUCUUAUCUACUUGUUUUUCAGCUAUGAGUUCUAUAAAUUUUGUUAUUAUAAAAGUCAGUCGCAUGCCUAGUUUUAGAUCAUAAGCUUUAGAACUAGUGU